CUCGACUAGUUUAGGACGUGUGACCGAUGCAAUCACCAGCGCGGGUCCGCCGCAUCAAGAUCAAGGCCCCGGACGACCUCGAGGCCAAGCUGCGCGAAGCCGGGGACCCGCCGCGCGUUCCUCUCGAAUCGAUGACGUGGCGCCUUUUGGCCCCGCCACCGCAGCGCUACAACUACCGCCCGCAUCUGCGCCAAGGCGGAUCGGGCGGCGUUCUCGGCGACGCGCUCUACCUCUUUGGCGGAUUCGAAGACAACGGCCAGCGCUCCAACAGCCUCGUCGAGUAUAAUUUCACGACGCAUCUCUGGCGCACGGUCGAGUGCAGCGGCAACGUGCCGUCGCCUCGCUGCGGCCACGCGUGUGUGCUGCAUGCGGCAGCAAGGGAGCUCUGGCUCUUUGGCGGCCAAGGCCCUGAGAUUGGCCUCAACACCAAAAACCUCUACGACGACCUCUCGAUCUUGGACCUCGACACGUUCGUAUGGCGUCGCGCCGUCGUCUCAUGUGCUGGCGCCGACGGGCAUGUCAACUUUGUACCGAUUGCUCGCCGCGGCCACAGCUUCGUCUUGCACGACAACAUGCUCUACAUUUACGGCGGGUCGGGCCUCGACCGGAUGCUGAGCAAGGACGCGUACUUUGACGACCUCCAACGCCUCGACCUCGCCACGCUGUGCUGGUACGAGCCGGCGAUGACGGGCAGCUCGCCGGGUCCGCGCUCGCACCACAGCGCGAUCAUGCUGCAUGGCACCAGUUACAUGCUUGUGUUUGGGGGUCAAACAGCCAAGACAACCACGACGCUGCCAAGCCCCGAGCGCCCGCGAAGCGACGCAAGCGAGGACCUCCCGCCCGACACGGGCUUGGCCAACAACCUGGUGUACGCGCUCGACGUGCGCACGAGUCAUUGGCAAGUCGUUUCGCCGUUGGACGGGACACCACCCAGUGCGCGGUAUGGCCACGUGAUGCAGCAGCACCCGGUCAACCCGCUCUGCCUCUUUCUCUUUGGCGGGAAAACACACCGCGGCUUUGACGACGGCGCGAUCCACUGCCUCGAUCUCGAGCUCCAGCGCUGGUCGACGCUGACACAUGUGGCGCCGAUCCCGCCGCGGAUACGGCACGUCUUUAGCAUCGUUGAGAAUCAAAUGAUGAUCUUUGGCGGCUGCGGCGACAAGGGUCUCUGCAUCGGCGACGUCUUUACGGUCGAGAUGCCAGUGUUGUACACGCCCAAAUCGCUGCGGCUCUUUUUCGAGCCCGAGGACGUCGACGACGACGCGUCGAUCGUAGCGCCGCCGUCGCCGCGCCCGCACACGAUCGCUGGCUUCAUGGGCUUCAAAAGCUUCCAGUUCACGCCCGCGCGACCCGAGCUCCCGCGAAGCAUGAUUCGCGUGAGCCCCAUCAAGGUGGCCAAGCCGCCUGCUACCGCCAAGCCGUGGACGUCCGUGGGGCUGUGACACCCACGGUCCAUUGCAUAAUAACGUAGGUUUCUUGUUUGCAGAAUGCAGUGAAAGGACGACGAGACGGAGGCAAUGUUCCUGGCCUGCUCGUGCUGCUGUUGGUACGGACGCCCAGGUCGUAGUUAGUCACUACGCUACUAAGUCGAGCCUGCUAUUCGCAGCAGCCGAUGGCG